CACGGCGGCCGAGGACCGUUCACAACAAAGGCGAGAGGCAGAUUUUUAUUUAGAGUCAACAGUUUCAUCAGAUAAGCGCUAAAUUAUUCAGGGUCAGAAAGAGGAAAAACGACCGCUAUCGUCGUGCUAACUGGGAAGCACACAAUGUCGGCUAUCUGUGGACCCACCGGCUGAAGAGGUCUGAUCGUUCUGGAGACCUGAGAAGCGAGAGAUGGGGAACACGGCCACCAAGUUCCGCAAAGCACUGAUCAGUGGAGAUGAGGUUCUGGGCUAUCAGCUCUACGAGGGCAACCCUCAGUUCAAAGAGUCUCUGGACCCCAACACCUCAUAUGGGGAACCGUACCAACACAACACCCCGCUCCAUUAUGCUGCCAGACAUGCCAUGACGCGCAUACUCAGGUCCUUCCUCUUCAGCAAGGACGGGAACCCCAACAAACGUAACAUGCACAAUGAGACCACACUGCAUGUGUUAUGCAUGGGGCCAAAUAUCUUGCUAUCUGAAGGGGUGCUGCAGCCGCGACUAGCCCGUCCCUAUGAAGAUGAACGCAGACGGGCUGAGUGCCUCCAGAUGAUCCUAAAGUGGACCGGUGCCAAACUGGACCGUGGUGAAUAUGAGAGUGCUGACGUCAGUGCCACCGAUAACAAGAAAAACACACCACUACACUACGCUGCUGCCUCAGGGAUGAAGACGUGUGUGGAGUUUCUGGUGAAGCGUGGUGCAGACCUGUUUGCAGAGAAUGAAAACAAGGAGACCCCAUGUGACUGUGCAGAAAGGCAGCACCAUAAGGAGCUUGCACUUAGUCUGGAGUCUCAGAUGGUCUUCUCCACUGACCCCCAUGCAGAGGAUAUUGAUGCAGAGUAUGCAGCCUUAGACCGCAGGGAGUUUUAUGAAGGUUUGCGAGUGCAGGACCUCAGGAGACUGAAGGACAUGUUGAUAGUUGAGACGGCAGAUAUGUUGCAAGCUCCUCUCUUCACCGCAGAGGCUCUUCUUCGGGCUCAUGACUGGGACAGAGAGAAACUCCUGGAAGCUUGGAUGUCUAAUGCUGAAAACUGCUGUCAGCGCUCAGGCGUUCAGAUGCCAACUCCCCCGCCCAGAGGCUACAACACCUGGGACACCCUGCCCUCGCCCCGUACGCCUCGCACCACUCGCUCAUCCAUCACUUCCCCGGACGAGAUCAGCCUGACCCCUGCUGAUGAUGAUUGCUCCUUGUGCGGCAUUUGUAUGUGUGCAGCCUCCAUGUUUGAGGAGCCUGUUGAUAUUCCAUGUGGUCAUGAGUUCUGCAGAGGAUGCUGGGAAAGUUUCCUGAAUAUGAAGAUUCAGGAGGGGGAGGCCCACAAUAUCUUCUGCCCAGCUUUUGACUGCUUCCAGCUGGUUCCUGUUGAGAUCAUUGAGAGCAUUGUGUCCAGAGAGAUGGACAAACGUUAUCUGCAGUUUGACAUCAAGGCAUUUGUGGAGAAUAAUCCUGCCAUCCGGUGGUGCCCGCGGGCUGGCUGUGAUAGAGCAGUGCGAUUGGCCGGACAGGGGCCAGGUGCCAGCACCUCUGACCCUCUCAGUUUCCCUCGCCUCCAGGCCCCUGCAGUGGACUGUGGCAAGGGCCAUCUUUUCUGCUGGGAGUGCCAAGGAGAGGCCCAUGAACCAUGUGACUGCCAAACUUGGAAGAUGUGGCUCCAGAAAGUCACUGAUAUGAAACCAGAAGAAUUGGCAGGUGUAAGUGAGGCAUAUGAAGAUGCUGCCAACUGCCUGUGGUUACUCAGCAACGCCAAACCCUGUGCCAACUGCAAAUCUCCCAUUCAGAAGAAUGAGGGCUGUAACCACAUGCAAUGUGCCAAGUGCAAGUAUGAUUUCUGUUGGAUCUGUCUGGAAGAGUGGAAAAAGCACAGUUCCUCUACAGGAGGUUACUACCGCUGCACACGCUAUGAGGUCAUUCAGCAAGUGGAGGAGCAGUCUAAAGAGAUUACCGUUGAGGCUGAGAAGAAACACAAGAACUUCCAGGAAUUGGAUCGCUUCAUGCACUAUUACACACGGUUUAAGAAUCAUGAGCACAGCUACCAGCUGGAAGAACUUCUGCUUAAAACGGCCAAAGACAAGAUGGAACAGCUUAGCAAAGUUCUGAGUGGAAGAGAAGGCGGACCUCCAGAUACUACUUUCAUUGAAGAUGCAGUGCAUGAACUACUUAAGACUCGUCGUAUUCUCAAGUGCUCUUACCCAUAUGGGUUCUUUUUGGAGCCCAAAAGCACAAAAAAGGAAAUAUAUGAACUUAUGCAGACUGACUUGGAAAUGGUGACAGAAGAUCUUGCACAGAAAGUCAACCGGCCUUACCUCCGCACACCUCGUCAUAAGAUAAUCCGCGCUGCCUGCCUGGUGCAGCAAAAGAGGCAGGAGUUUUUGGCCUCUGUGGCAAGAGGUGUGGCACCAAAUGAUUCGCCUGAAGCCCCUCGACGCAGUUUUGCUGGUGGGACAUGGGACUGGGAGUACUUGGGUUUCGCUUCUCCUGAGGCGUAUGCUGAGUUCCAGUACAGACGCAGACACAGGCAGCUCAGGAGAGGAGACAUGGCCAGCCUCCGCAGCAACACACCCGACCCUGAUGACCCAGGCCACAGCACUUUAGACGCACAAGAAAUUGGUGGUGGCCAGAGACCGGGUUUGCUCAUGCCUCGCUGUUCUCUAGAUGAGGAUGAUCCCAAUAUCCUGUUGGCCAUCCAGCUUUCUCUGCAGGAGUCUGGGCUGACUGCAGGCGGUGCUGGCGUUGAUGCUCAAGAGAUCCUCGCAAACGAAGCAUCUCUGGGGGCCAUCGGAACAUCCCUGCCCACACGGCUGGACCCGGUGCUGUGCGGGAUUGACGUGCCCCGUGCUGCCCUGAGCAGCUCCGAGCUGUUAGAGGUGGGUGACAGCCUAAAGAAGCUCGGUAAUAUCAGUGGCCAGAAUGUCCCUCCACGUUAUGACAAUCUCAACAAUCCUUCCUGUGAGUCCGCUGAGGGCCCCUUCCAAGCUCCUUCGGGACAUACGGAAACCUCUGAUUUAAGUUCAGACAACGCCAACCUUCUAGGCAACAUCAUGGCUUGGUUUCAUGACAUGAAUCCGCAGAAUAUCAGUUUGGUUCCUUCGGCUGGUGAUUUCGGCGUUCAGUCGGCGAGAAUGACAACAGAGCCGACCGAGUGCGCCGUUCCGCAGUGGACACCGGGGGGCGAUAGAGAGGCAGCGCACGAGUUCGACUCCGCUAUCGAGCGUGAGCCCAUCAGGCCGACACAGUUAGACCUGGUAGGUCUCGAUAUGUGUCCGGUGCCUCCUGCUUCGUCCAUCGAGUUGGGCGAAACUCCGAGUGGUUUGAACCCGUGUCACUCCGACACCCUAAAAUGUGACUCAGACCCCGACCAGCCUAGCAGUAGCUCCUCUGAUUGGGAGGGUCAAGUACAUCAUGUAUGAAAAACUGACUUCACUUACUAGCUAAGGCACUUUUUUGAUGAAGUAGCUGAACCCGAGGAACAAGAUUAAUCAUGACGAGAAGCUUUGUAUUGUCAGAUAUGUAGUUUGAGUACUCGCUCAGGCCUUUGUGCUUAUGAGGCAUGUGUUGUUUGCUCACUAAAAAACUUGUUCCGAUCCUGGAGUGUUAAACACUUCUAAAAGAGUCAGCAAAUGAACCAGAAAGCGCUAUGAAGGCGCGAAUCUACUGUAUAGUACAGGAUGGUAUUCAGCGCGAGCUCGCCUGAUUAAAAAGGUUGUAAAAGAUACUGUAGGUGCCAAAAAACACUGGCUAGCACACGCCGAGUGGACGGUGUGCUGAUCGUGCCUGCUGCUGAGGGCCUAGCCGCCCUAUCGAGUACGCUAUCCUUCCUUUAAACUAGACCUGUAGUAUUAGAGAAGUGCACAACAGCAUCACGCUCAGAAGAGCUGGGCUGAUAAUCACAGAAACUAAAAGAAGAGUAAUUCUAGUUGCAGUCGACUUUUCUUUUUCUGGUCAAACGUAAUCACUGUAAUCCGUCACCGGCUAAUUAGAAUGGAAAGUACCGGCGAGUUUAAACUCGAUUCAGAAGCGCCGCGCCGGAUCUGGAAAACGUUUUGUCUUUGCAACUUCUCACAGUGCCUUUUCUGUGAAACUUCUCUUUAUUUAUAGCCGCUCUCUUGCGCUCGAAGCCCAGAGUGGGGGAAGUUCCAAUACAAAGCAAACUGAGCUCAAUGUUUUUUAAAAGACAUUUUUAUACAUGUUGGGUUGUCCUUUAGCAUGCUUCUGGCCCCUUCUCCCGGGUUGUUUUUAAAGCAGUUAUUUAAAUGAACUUGGACACAUUUACGGAUUAAAUCGAUCUAUAUUUAAUGAGAUACUAUUCAUUGUGUGUUAAGAUGUGAUUUCCACAUGGCCACAUGUAAAAAUUAAAUGCUCAAAUUUAAAAAUGUAAAAAUCCGUAGAUGUUUUCCUGGUGCAUCUCUAAUAGAAAUGUAUGAUUUUUGGAAAAGGCAUUUCAUUGUGAUGGCCAGAAGCUGUUUUAGCUUCAGAUUUACAUUUCUACAUAUGGUGGAACUCACCCACAAUUAAGAUUUUUUUUACAAUUAAUUUAACUGUGGUAUUUCUCUACAGUAAAUUAUGGAAAUUAAUUUUCUAUUUAUUUAAAAUUGAAUGUCCUUAAAAUGAAUGAAGAUCAAGGUAAAGUUGGUGAUGACAAAAAAAAUUAAUGAACGGCAAUAUAUAUUUUUAUGUGUAUAUCAAACUGUAAUAACACAGUACCACUUUUCAAUAUUUGCUUAUUACUUAAAACGUGUCUGCUGAAAUAAUUGUUCAAAGCCUUUUAACCAAAUGAACAGAAUGUUUUUGAUUUGCUUCAAUUUAAUUGCGAACACCUGCCCAACUUUUCAUCUGAUGAAACCGCUAAAUCAUAGCAAGUUUUAAGCACUUCAGAAAAUUUGCACAAAAUUAGCUCACAUUUCAGCUAUGGAAUAACACGUUUUAGCUCAUAGGUUUGCUGUUAUAUUGGCGAUUUUGAGUGAGCAGGCGCCUGAUGUUUUACUGUGGGCUUGAUGUCAUAUGUGUGUUGAUUCUGACCUAAUGUCCGAAUGCAGUAUUGCACUGCAUAAACUGAAAACGAAGGCAAACCUGUCCGUUAAGUGGUAUUUUGUUAUCAUUCCAUUCGUCAAAGUUUGGGGGAGUGCACACAUGAAUAUUUUUCUGUAGGUACAGUUUGUAUGUGUGAUCGGAAUGGGUUAAGCUCACUAAAUCGCAGUAUUUCUUCAGACUAAUGUAUGCCGCCAAAGGUGGAGGUGGAGCUAAUGUCUGUUUAAAUUAAGCAUAUGGUAGAUCUGUCCAAACAUGACAAAAAAAAAAUGACAGAAGUUGUCCUGUAUGUGACAGUAUGCUGUGCAUUAAGUAAUUGUAAUAAAAAUAGAUCAUGUUUUCUUGACAAAAGACCGUUAAAGUGUCAAGGCUAUAUUGUUUGGGGGAUUGGGUGGCUAUUGUUUGUUGGGGGGGAGAAAAGCACAUUUUGUAACCCAUUACAGAUUUUAUAUUGUUAAGCACCUAAUUCUUGAAAUGGUAUUUGCACUUUCAUAAUCUUUACUUGAUACAUUCCCAAUUUAUAUGGAAAAUACAAAUGUGUGAUGUUUGGCCAAUGAAUUGGACCGAUUUGAGUGUGAAUCUUAAUAAAGUUGCUAAGACAAG